UGGAGGGCAGCGACACUCUCACCCUCUCCGUGGCCUGGCUCCUGGCUCUGGCAACCCAGGAGUCCACUCUGGUGAUCGGUUCCCGGGAGGAGCCUAGGGGUCCCCCUACGCGCCCAGGGCGCACAGACCCGGGAGCUCUGAGGAGACGUCCACCAGUGCAGGCAGCCCGCGAGGAGCCCCAGCUCGGGCUCGGGACUGUGGUGUGGGAGGGCUGCCCAGGGACUCUGCCUGGAACUCUGGGGCCCAGCGGAGGGAGCCGGAGCGCGGCGACGCGAAGCCGCAAGGGCGGGAGGCGGGAGUGGCGCCCCGCCCGUCAGACCACCCGGCGCGCGCGGCUCCCUCCUCCCUGGGUCCGUGGGCCGGUCAGAGGGUCACCAAAAGCCCCGCUCCGCAACCCUCCGCAGCUUUGCCGGUGGCUGGGGCCUCCCCCGCGCUGGGAUUGGAUGCGAGGGAACGGGGUGGGCGCGGGCGGGGGACCCCAGAAGCCCAGGUUCCCGGCUCGGGCGGAGAGCAGCCCACAGUGCAGACGCGGCUGGCGCGCGUCCCGCAGGACCUCAGCAAAGACCCGGCGGGCUGGCGGACGGCACGGAGGAGGCGGCAACUGCCACGGUGGCCCCUGCGGGUGCCGGGCGCGCCAAGAUGUUUGACAGCUCGCAGUAUCCCUACAAUUGUUUCAAUUAUGACGCCGACGACUACCCGGUGGGCAGCUCCGACGAGCAGAAGCGGCUCACGAGGCCCGCGUACAGCUACAUCGCGCUGAUCGCCAUGGCCAUCCAGCAGAGCCCCUCGGGCAGGGUGACCCUGUCCGGCAUCUACGACUUCAUCACGCGCAAGUUCCCCUACUACCGAGCCAACCAGCGCGCCUGGCAGAACUCCAUCCGCCACAACCUGUCCCUCAACAGCUGCUUCGUGAAGGUGCCUCGGACGGAGGGCCACGAGAAGGGCAAGGGUAACUACUGGACGUUGGCGGCCGGCUGCGAGUCGCUGCUGGACCUCUUCGAGAACGGCAACUAUCGCAGGCGGCGCCGGCGCCGCGGCCCCAAGCGCGAGGGGGCGGGGCAGGCGCGUGCGGGGGGCGCGGAGGGGCCGCAGGGGCCCCCUGAGCCAGCCCCAGGCCCGCCCCCCGCCCCUGCCAGCCCGGCUGCCCUGGGGAAGGAGGAGCACAGGGGCAUCAAGUUCAGCAUUGACUACAUCCUGUCCGCGCCGGGCCCUUUCCCGGGGCUCAAGGGUCCCUACGGCCAGCAGGAGGGCAGAACCCCCCGGCUGGAGGCCCAGCCAAUGAACCUCCACCUGUGGACGAUAUGAGGCCGGGCAGGCGCCCGGUGGGUCCCGGGGCUUCCGGGCGAUUUCGGCCCCACCUCCAGCCAAGAAGCCAGGUUUUGCCACAUCCCGCUAACUUCCACAGACUCGUGUUCCGUGCCGAACGUCAGCAUGGGCUGGAGGGACAAGAGGUCAGUCUUCUGGCUUCAUCGUUCACAAGUUCCCUUGCAGGAAGACCCACGGGGUCCUGCCCUAGAUUCACUGAGCAGCCCCACUCUGAGGGAUAUGAAUACAGGUUCGGGGCCACACUCACUCACAGACAAGGCAGCACCUCAUCCCUCUGUCUUCUGAGAACUGGCUGCACAGACCCCACACCCUGGAAGCUGCCCGUGAGCUCUGGAUGCAGAUGGCAAGGUGGGUGGGCAUCUUCCCAGAGCUAAAAGUGCAAACGGUGAAACCAGAUAUUCCUUGACCCCAUGAACGUCGUCCCUGAGUUUUUGACCGUGGCCCUGUUAUGGACGAUGUGAUCGGAAGUUUAAGCGCAUCUCGUGUUGCGGACAGAAUAUCCAACGAUUGCUUGCUUCAGAAAUCCUGUGCACUGUUUUAUACAGGAAAGAAGGCAAGAAGACGGGAGGAGCAAGGGGGGCUCCAAAUUUGGGACAACAUGGGGGGAAGCACACUUUUCUUGGUUCUUGGGAGCAGGGAGUUAGCUCCUAUUUGGGCGUGUUCCGCCCGGCUGGUCUCCCAAGAAAGCAGACACUACGUAGCAGGCGGCUGACAGAUUCUGCUACACUUGAGCUGUACAAUUAGGGAGUGCACAAUUACAGGCACUGGAGGUGGGUACACUCCAUUUGAAAUGUAAAUGAUUUAAUUACCGUGUGGAGACGGGCAUCUUAAAAAACACAAUUAUGCACAGUGAAACUAUUUGACCAACCUUAUCAUUUUUCACCAGCCCAUUUUUGCAGAGUUAAUUGCUUUCCAUGACUUAAUUUGAACAUUAGUAUGGAUUACACCUAAUCUGAUCCACUAGGUGACAAUGAUUGGCUAAUUCCGUAAACAACAAAAACACGCCCAAGAAGGCUGGCUGUCUCAGCUGGGAAUUACAUGGUCGGGCUUUAUCGGACUCUGAAAAACCCAGACCAGUAAAGGAAGGCAGGCAGGAGGUAGAGACAGAGCCAUGCAGGGACUCACUCGGACUAGCUUGCUUCCGAUUCAGACACGUCGUUAAACCGCCACACUAUCACUUGUCCACCCUGUACAGACUCCUUGGGUUGCCGUCAUUGUUUUGAGAAGAGGGGAGAAGGCAGUUGCUUGCAAAUGUUGUGAAACUCCUGGUCCCUGAGUCCGGAGAUGACCCCUGGUGGUGAUGCGCCCACCGCCUGCCCACCGACGCUCUGUUUGGUCAGGCCUUGCCAAGGGGGCAGCCUGCCAGCCUCGUGGGAGGAGGGGAGCCCUGCCUCAAGGAGCCCUCUGGAAAGCAGGAACAAGGACACCUCUCCGAACACGCCUGCUGCCGGAUCUCUUGCCUGGGAAGGCACCCGACACCAGUGGGUCCUGCUGCCCGCCGGGCACAGCGCUGGCCCCCGUCUGGGGCUGUCUCCGGAGCGGGCACACCGGCCCUGGUUGACGGUCGCGUGAUUCCCCCUCCCUGUGCUACAGAUGGGGCCCGGCGAGCAGGCAGGCCCAGCCUGUGGCUCUGGGGCUGGGCUGCUAACGCUUCCUCCACACUAAGGCUCGUGCGGCUCGGAGGGGCCCUGUGCAUGUGUGUGCGUGUGUGUGUCGUCCGUGUGCACGCCUGCUAUUGACGGCCCUUUGCCGGUUGUGCGGAGAGCGCUGUUUUAACGGUAGUCGACACGGCCUGGGUGGUGGCGCGACCCGGCUGGUGCCGUCACACAUAAGUGGGGGGCACACGGCGUCCGAAGGUGUAUUUUUCUGCUACCGAUGAAGCGAAGACGAUGUGCGUUUUAUCUUUCGGGUUCUAGCCGUGUUCUUCCUGUGUUUUGUGCCGGUGAGCACAGCCUGACGGCGAACAGGAGAUUCCUGUGUCCUAAACAGGGUAAUUUUGGAAGAAGGUCCAGCCUUGGUGGGGGGUGGGGGGUGCGCCUGGGGGGCCAGACAGGCGGUUAGCGUGUCCUCCCUGCGCACGCGGUCUGGGGCAGACGCUCACCGGCCACCGGGUGGAGAAAAGGGGUGGCUCCGGGCAGGCGAGGUCUGGGCACCAGGAGGUGUUACGUUUGUUUCGCAAAGGGUAUCAAUCAUGUUCUCGAACGCGAAGGGACAUUUUCAAUUUGCCAGCGUGUGAUACCCCACGACUUCCCAAAGUCUCCCAGCCCUCAGAGUGAGUGGCAUUUAAUACCAGACAACAUCGCAGGGGUGAGGGCUGGCUCUGGCCUAUUCAAAUGCCACUGCCACCACGCAGACUCGCCCAGCGCCGUUGUAAUUAAAGACUUUAUGCCUCUCUUGCAAAUCCGCUGAUUGAUCACCAAUACGUACAUUACCCCCACAUCACCCCCGAGCAGAUGUCUGCCACACGGUUACGGAUCACCAGGUUUCCAUUAACAAAGCUGGGAGGCGCUGCCGUGCGGGAGUUCAGGGGAGGUGUGUGCAAAGCACCAUCGCGCGGAGCGAAGUUCCCGGCUGGGCGGCAUCCAGGCUGAGCUGCUCCUCACCCAGCCCCUGCGGGGGGCUGUCCCUCCUCACAGGCGACUGGAGACCGACGGAGACCACACCCACAUUCGGUGGGACAGAGAGAGAGCCCUGGGACCGGAGCAGGGGCAGGACUUGGGUGCCCAGCGCCCUCCCUCGCCCCAUGUCCGCCCUCGGGGUCCAGGGAGGCCUCCCGUGGCUGACAGCGGCCUCCACACCAAGCCAUCCAUUGGCUCUUGAUCUGCCCCCAGGGAAGCAGGGAAAAGGCCUCAUCUCUCCUCAAAUUCCUUCCUUCCUUUAAUGAGCAGUUCUGGGGCUAUUUGUUCA